UCUAAGGCCUUUUUUGUUUUGUUUUUUUGUUUUUUUUUUUCCCCCAUAGGUGCCAGUGAAAGUGUGGGGCAACAUAUGCUUGAAGCAUGCAACAAUAAUCUAGAAAUGGCUGUCACUAUGUUUCUGGAUGGUGGAGGCAUAGCAGAGGAGCCCAGCACCAGUUCAGCGGCAGUAUCAAAUGUUCGACCGCACACUGAGGAGGAAGUACGAGCACCAAUUCCACAAAAGCAGGAAAUUUUGGUAGAGCCAGAACCCUUGUUUGGAGUUCCUAAACGACGCAGACCUGCUCGGUCAAUAUUCGAUGGUUUUCGAGAUUUUCAAACAGAAACCAUUCGACAGGAACAGGAAUUGCGGAAUGGAGGUGCAAUCGAUAAGAAACUCACUACUCUCGCAGACCUCUUCAGGCCUCCCAUCGAUCUAAUGCACAAAGGCAGCUUUGAAACGGCCAAAGAGUGUGGUCAGAUGCAGAAUAAAUGGCUCAUGAUUAACAUCCAGAAUGUGCAGGACUUCGCAUGUCAGUGUCUCAACCGUGAUGUCUGGAGCAAUGAGGCUGUGAAGAACAUUAUCCGUGAGCAUUUCAUUUUUUGGCAGGUAUACCAUGACAGUGAGGAAGGACAAAGAUACAUACAAUUUUACAAACUGGCAGAUUUUCCUUAUGUUUCCAUUCUGGACCCAAGAACAGGCCAGAAAUUAGUCGAGUGGCACCAACUGGAUGUAACUUCUUUCUUGGACCAAGUGACUGGUUUCCUGGGUGAGCAUGGGCAACUGGAUGGACAUUCUACCAGCCCUCCCCAAAAAUGCACCAAACAGGAGAGCCUCAUUGAUGCUAGUGAGGAUAGCCAGAUGGAAGCUGCCAUCAGGGCCUCCCUGCAGGAGACACAUUUUGAUUCCUCCCAGGUCAAACAGGACAGCCGAUCAGAUGAGGAGUCUGAAUCGGAGCUUUUUUCUGGAAGUGAGGAAUUUAUUUCUGUUUGUGGCUCUGAUGAGGAAGAGGAGUCGGAGAACCCUGCCAAGUCUAGGAAGUCUCCGCACAAAGAUGUGGGGUACAGGAAAGAGGAGAGCCGGAGGCCUCUGCCUGAGCCCCCCGCGAGGACUGAGCCUGGAACAACAUCAAACCAUCGCGUGGUAUCCUGCGUCGAAGCUGAGCUAGUGGAGGAAUCGGCUGCCAAGCCUGGCAGUGCAGGGGAGGGAUUGGAUAUGAACGGACCAAAAGCACAGCUGAUGCUAAGGUAUCCAGAUGGAAAGAGGGAACAAAUUUCAUUACCUGAACAAGCUAAACUUCUGGCUCUCGUGAAGCACGUCCAGUCUAAAGGCUACCCUAAUGAACGUUUUGAACUUCUCACCAACUUCCCUCGAAGGAAGCUUUCUCAUCUGGACUAUGACAUCACAUUGCAAGAGGCUGGCUUGUGUCCGCAAGAGACCGUCUUUGUGCAGGAAAGGAAUUAGCACCAUGGCCUGAGCUCUCCAAGCCUCCUUCCCACCUCCUCUUUGCCUGUGACUCCAACUCCUGAAGUAUGUAGCUGGUCUCAUGGGAUUGCUGAGCUGAUAUCGGGCAGACAGACAUUUG